UUUCAGUAGUCAGUCAUUAACUCAAACAGACUUUACUCCUGUCAGGCAGAGGAGAGAGAUCCGUCUUUCUUUUGAGACCCAAAGAUGACUGAAUCUGAGGAUAAUGAGAUUUCUUUCACAGUAAAAUUCCUUGGUCGCACGGAGGUUCGCCAUCCAAAUGGAAUGCAGACUUUAAAUGAGGCUGCAGGGUCCUUGCUGAAACCUGACAAAAAUGACAAAGAGAAGACAAAGAAGAGCAAAGCUUACCUUUUCUUGUCAGUGAGCGGAAUUGAUAUCCUAGAGUACAAAACAAAGUUUUUGAUCCACUCAUGUCGUCUGGAUUCAGUCUCUUUCUGUGCUGUCUACCAGACCAUGCCCAAACUGUUUGGCUUCAUAGCCAAAAAUCAAGCCUCAGACACGUACUACUGCUAUAUGUUCCAGUGCAAGAAGUUUUCACACCUGGUGGUCUCACUCAUUGGUGACACGUUCAAAGCAUGCUCUAAACCUGAAGAGGUCAAGGGCAGUCGUGAUCUGGUGGUAGAGGCCCUGCGACUCCGGAUCAAAGCACUUCAGAGAGAAAAUGAAUUGCUGAAAAGAAGACUUCGAGAAGCUGGAGGCAGUUCAGAAGGAGCCAGGAAUUUAGAUGGUGACAGCGAUGCAGAGUCUUCCUCCCACUCCCAGACUGACCUAUCAAAAGUGAGAUUUAACUCUGAUGGAGACAGAGUUCCUCUGAUUAGGAACAACUGAAAGAGAUGCUCUGAAAACCACAACACUGAAACCAAGAAAGCUCUAGAGAGUCUCACCAUGGACUACCUACCUUCAUUUAUAGCAAUAAAAUCACAGUGGUUGGAAAC